AUGACUCAGGUUCCAGAUCAUGAACCCAUCGAUCACGGUUUCUACCUUCCACAUCAUGCAGUGGUAAAAACAUCUAGUCUCACCACAAAGGUUAGGGUCGUAUUUGACGGGUCUGCUAAAACUUCUUCCGGCAUCGCCUUAAAUGACUCGUUAAUGGUUGGUCCAACCAUACAGGAAGAUUUGUUUUCGAUAAUCACCCGCUUUCGAUGCUUACGUUACGCUCUUACUGCUGACAUCGAACAGGUGUAUAGCCUAAGUACAGUGACUUUUGGAACUGCUUGCGCUCCAUUUCUCGCGAUUCGGACUCUCCAUCAGUUAGCCGAGGACGAACGUGAAUCGUUUCCAAUCGCAUCCGCAGUUUUGAAACGAGAUUUCUAUGUAGAUGACCUUCUCACAGGUACACAUACUUUCGAAGAGGCUAUCAACCUUCGAAAUGAUUUAAUCAGUUUUCUCAAGAGAGGCAGUUUUAAUCUGGGGAAAUGGGGUUCAAAAGAUCCUGAAUUAACACAAAAUUUUUCUGCAGAAAAUUCGAAGACUUUCAUGUCCUUAAGCCCUGCUGAAAGUGUAAAGGCUUUGGGGAUUCAUUGGGAUUCUGCAAAUGAUAAUAUUUUUUAUACAGUCAAUUUUCCUAAUUCAAAAGAGAUAACCACGAAACGCUCAAUUUUAUCCCAAAUUUCAAAGCUUUUCGACCCAUUAGGUCUACUCGGUCCAGUAGUCAUUUUAGCAAAAAUCUGGAUCCAACAACUUUGGAAAAUUCAAUUUACGUGGGACACUCCUGUUUCUCAAGACAUUCAAGAUUUUUGGAUCAAGUAUAAACAACAAUUGCAACUUCUCAAUAAGGUAAAAUUUAGUAGCUUCAUUUCGUCUCCAGACACAGCAGAAAUCCAAUUGCAUGGAUUCUGCGAUGCCAGUGAAAAAGCAUACGGGGCUUGCCUUAACUUGAGAUCUACUGAUAGGCAGGGCAGGCAUCGAAGUGCUCUGAUUUCUUCUAAAUCUCGAGUCGCUUCUUUAAAAGCGACCUCCUUACCUCGACUUGAAUUAUACGCAGCAAAUCUUUUAGUGAAACCGUACACUGCCACAUUUAAGGCCUUUCCAUUUGAAAUCGACAAAGUUAGUUUUUGGUCUGACUCAACAAUUGUACUAAAUUGGAUUAACGUGCCCUCUCACACUUUAAAAACCUUUGUGGCAAACAGAGUUGCUGAAAUUCAGGCAGCAACUCGCUCGCAAGAAUGGCGUCACGUGCCUACUUUAUAUAACCCUGCUGAUAUGAUUUCGCGAGGACAAGGACCUCAAGAAUUCCUAGCAAACACGCUUUGGUCACAGGGCCCUCAUUGGCUACGUCAUGAUUCCAGUACUUGGCCUCAAAGGCCCUUUCAUCAAAAGGAAAUUCCGGAAACAAAAACUCCCUCAACUCUUUCCCUGCUAAUUUCUAUUAAAGAGAAUCAAGAGGAGAAUGAAAUCCUUAGACGAUUCAGCAACACUAACAAGCUCACAGUCGUUUUAGCUUACUGUCUUAGAUUCAUUCGUAAUUUAAAAAUCAGGGACAAAACUGUCAGAAGAAUCGGAAAUAUUUCCACAGAAGAAUAUAAAAUCGCCUUUCAAAAAGUAAUUAAAAUUACACAAGCAGAAGCCUUUAUAAAGGAAUUACAUUCAUUGUCUCAAAAAUUACCAGUCAAUUCAAAAAGCAGCCUUCUAAAUUUGAACCCUUUUCUCGAAUUCGGUCUUCUCAAAAGCACCCCAUAA